AGAGAUUUUCCUCCUCCCAGAUUCUAUUCAGAGGGAGAGGUGCACAAGCCAGUCACAGGCAUGCAAUACAUUGCUGAAAUAUCCCUGGAGGAAGCGGUUCAUAUGACCAAUCAAGAAUCCGGAAUGGGUGUCAGGGAGGAUCUGAAGAAAAUACGCUGUGCUGUGGUUUUUUGCUUGCUGUCUGUUCUAGUCCUGGCAUUGCCCACAGCCUAUCUGCUGGUUGGAAAUCUCAGAGCCCAUAAAUCUGGCCCAGCUCAGGUUGCAGAUGAAAGCAUGUCUAGAUUCCUAAAGCAACAGUCAUCACCUAUCUCUUUAGUAUCCAGUGCAGAAAAGCCAAGAGCACACCUGACAGUUAAGAAACAAGAUCUUUCUCCCCCCAUGGGAAACCAGUUUCCAGUUCUCCAGUGGGAACACGAGCGAGGCUUAGCCUUCACCAAGAACAACAUGAACUACACCAACAAGUCACUGAUGAUUCCAAAGGCCGGGGAUUACUACAUCUACUCCCAGGUCACUUUCCGAGGGCCCACUCCAAAUCACAGUAAACCAGUUUCCAUAACACAGACCAUCACUAAAGUCACGGACAGCUACCCUGAGCCUACCCAACUUCUGACUGCCACCAAGACUCUGUGUGAGAUGGGAAACAACUGGUUCCAGCCUAUUUACUUAGGGGCAGUGCUUUUCAUGGAGGAGGGGGACAGGCUGAUGGUCAAUGUUAGUGAAAUCCAAUGGGUGGAUUACACUAAAGAAGACAAAACAUUCUUUGGUGCUUUUUUACUGUAGGCUUCUGACAGCAGCCAAUAAGGGCUGCUCCUAAUUAGGGUCCUGAAUCAAAUUUAUCAUGAAAGUCACACAGGAGUUUUGCUAAUGAUUUUAGUGAGUGCAGGAUCAGAGUGUCCUAGUGCCAAGCAUCUGUGCUCUCAAAAGCAGUUUCCUUAUCUGUAUUCUCCUUCACCUGUGGUGCCCAUCGUUAUCCUUGGGGGAAGGAACGUUGAAUUAAAUGACACAUCACCCAAUAGAUCACACCACAUCAAACCUCAGAAAAACAUAGGGAGGCACAGGAGAGAAAAAUACAUUUCCAUGCUAAAGCUAGAAACCUCUUGGAUCCCUACAAUUGGGGCACAGAUAGUUUAUAGGUGACGGGGAACAAUAAACUCAGACAGAUCAACUACACCUGUAUUCCACCUCCAAUAAACAACCCCAUUUUGCCUUAAACAACCACUUUAAACUGUCCCCAAGUUUCCAACGUAAUUUUGUUUGACCUUUCUUCAGCUCGCCCCUUUCAACAGGCAAUUACUUCUUGGCACUCUCUUAAAAAUAGGUUUGCUCAGUACUUUGUACUAAUAUAGAAAUGUAAAUCUACAAGGCAGUAUGUAAAUCAUUAAAUAUGUCAUUAAUCCCUAACAACUGCCCUGGGAAGUAGAUUAAACUGAUUUCUUGCCGUUUGCAAAACAAACCAACAGACAAAAACAUCACUGAUAUUUUUUUCUCCCAAGAAAUUUUGCAGGAAAUUGUGGGCUAUGUUGUUCUGGAUCCAUUUGCUGCCCAGAAAUGGCUCUUUUUAUAGCAUUUCUGAUGGGUUGUCCAUUUUUACACUGGAGCACUCAAAACGUUAAUGUUUCAGUGUAAAAAUUCAUCUCACUAUGAAAAAAGUCCUAAUAUUAGAACAGAUUGAAAAACUGGCUCAGGAGAAGAAAUCUUGGAGGGAGAAGGGGGAGAUGAGCUUUUUGUUGAAAUUUUGAGCAAAAAAAAUCAGAAAAAUUUCAACUUUUGAAAACUUUCAACCUGCUGUACAGCAGGUAAGUGUAGUCACUCAGAAUAGGGACCAUUUUGAAAAUGUGUUAUGUUCCCUCACAAGUGAUGUUUUGUUUUGAUUUUGUAGCUUUUUGAGGAAAAGAAACCACAACAUUUCAGAAAUUUCCAUAAAUUAAAAACAAAAUGCCUCCCCCUACCCCCUUCCAAGAUGGCCAGUGCUCACUCCUGCAGCGAUUCCUGAAAGGAAAGGCUGCUGUAAGUUUUUCUAGGCACUAGGCUGGCUAGCACCUAGUGGUUCCUCUACCCAGAGAGCUGGGUUGAUGUCAAGGCGAUAGCGGGAGUAGGAGGUGUAGCCAGGAGCAGAACUCGGGAACUUUCCACUGCUAGUUUCUUGCCCAGUCUUUUAGGUCAUACUGUCUUUCAGGGAAAUUCCCUGGCUUUCCCGCCACUUCCGUGGUAAACAAUUCACUGAUGACUAUUCAAGUCAUGUUCUAAGAGGCUCAAGCUUUAUAUUCUUAAGUGCCCCGAGGCCCCAAGCUCAGUCAUGUAAAGAACCCAAAGAAUUAAUUUUGCAGCUAGACAAACUCUCUCUCUCACUGGAACUUCCUCCACUUUCAACAUGUCUUUCCAUGUGAUCAGUGAGAGACUGGGUUAUAUACGUACUCAGAGUGCUUUGCUGGAUUCCAUAUUGCUAAAUGUAGCUGAGAUAUAUUUUCCUUCCAGUGCAAGUGCAUGCCUCUCAUAAACCAAUAAUGGGAAUCACACACAUUAGAGAACUCUAGAGAUCCUGACAUGGUUUAGUUGAUGAGUUCAAAUUUAAGCUCCUUAUAUACACACACAACAUAUAUAAUGCAGCUAGAUUGGCAAGGAAACCAGUCCAUUCUCUCCAUUGCAUUCCUCCUCCUAGCAGGAGAUAGCUUAUUGUUACAUUGACAUAUCUGACAACAUUAAUAGAAUAUAGAGUGUGGUGUAGGAGAGGAAAAGAAAAGAGCCAAGGCAAGUUGAGACAAGCAGGUGUGGGGGAGAUGGAGAGAGAGAGACACAUGGAAGGAGACAAAAUGAUGCAACAGUAUCACGGUCUGAGCAUUGCCUCCAUGUCUCUGUACAAGCACAUUAGUGCUGGAAAACUGGCUUUGCUUCAGGUUAGUUGCAAAGGAUUCUCCUUGUUUUUCUCACUGCAAACCCUUUUGUAAGAGAAGAACCCUCCCAUGGUCCUCUCCUCCAUCCUUUCCAUCCCCCUAUCACCUGGCUCUCUUGAUAUCUACCUUAGAAGGCAUCUAUCACCAUGAUGCUGAUGCAUCCAAAAACAAUUAAGAAGCACUGAACAUGCCCCACGAGAGCUUGAAUAUUGCCAUGCUCCCAGCUUCCAAGUUUUUUUUUU